UCCAACGUUGGUUCGAGCCACAUUUUUAUUCGUCAGCGACUUGGUGUUCUUUUCUUUUGUAUUGCUGGUGUGCGCUGCGGGUUAUAAUACAUCUCUAGCGGCAGACGUAACUUCUAAAGCGACGGGCUACAACUUAUAGCUGCAACAAACACAAUGAUGUAGGCCAGGGAGCGAACACACCGGCUGGAUACGCGCUGAAGGAAAGCGCGUCAGUGUUGGCGAUGCGCGUGUGUCGUGGCGAUGAUGAUAACCCGUGGUCAGUUGUCAAAAGUACUGUCCUUUUGACGGCUUGGGUAGUCCUUUAUCCAGCAGUGGAUCAAGCAAGCUGCUAGCUAUCGCUGGUGAUGAGAUUGAGAGAGGAAUGGGCUAUCUAGCGACCUUUCUUUUCAGUUUCUUUUGGUGACUUUACGAUUCGUAUCUAACGAGGGAGUUGGCAAUCGCAGGAGGAGGAUCAGAAGCGACCCCAGCUGCCCGGGGCUGAGGCUGCCUCGCCCGGCCAGGAGGAGGAGAGGGCCAUACCCCCCCACGGCCCCACGUCUCCAGACGCCAGCCAUGGGCUCACAACGCUCGGCCAGAAGUCGGGGGGGUCUUCUUCUCGCUCUCGCCGUGGUCACCGCGCUGAGCCAGAGCGACCCUGCGCUGGGCGCUUCGUUCUUCGGAGACAGCUACGUGGAGCUUCUGCUGACCGAGGCGUCUGACCAAACGGAGCUGAGUCUGCGCUUCCGUACGCACCAGCGGAACGCGCUGCUCUUCCUGGCCGCAGGCAGCAGCGACUACUGCCUGCUGGAGCUACGCGCCGGGCGCUUGCAGCUGCGAAUGGAGCUGGGCUCCGGAGAGGGCGUGCUACGGACCGAGCCUGGCGUGCGCAUGAAUGACCUGGAGUGGCACCGCGUGAGAGUUCAGCGCAAGGGGGAGGCGGUUACCAUGACGGUGGACGGCCGCGCACCCAGCUCAGCGCGCCUCCCAGGUCAGCUGCAGGAGCUGAACAUCCAGCACGGCCUUCUGCUUGGCGGGAUCGGCAGCCUGGAGCGGCCCUACCUCACCGGCCGCGGAGGCGUGCAGUCCUUCAGGGGCUGCGUGGAGGAAGUGGUCUUCAAUGGGCACGACAUUCUGGCGUCCCUGCGGUCGUACGCCGGUCACAAGACGGUGCACGAGGUCUCGGCAGGCUGCAGCCCUGAGUUCGAGGCCAACCCCGAUGAUGCCGUCAGCUUCUUCAGCCCGUGGUCAUACUUGGCGUUCCCACCUGUCUGGGGGGACAGCGGCAAGGCGGUCUUUGAGUUCCAGGUGCGCGUGGGUGUCAAGAGCGGCAUCUUGCUCUACCACUUCCGGGCGGGCAAAAAUCCUCCGUUUGCAGCGCUCGAAAUACGCGAGGGCCGCUUGUGGUCACUCCUCAACGUCGGCGAAAGAACCGUGGUCAUAAGUCCCAAGACCAUGGUGAACGACAGCCGCUGGCACCACGUCCAUUUCGCUUUCACCGCCCGGCACGUCACGUUGAGGGUGGAUAACAAUACCGUGACAGAGAGCUUCGUAGUGGUUGACACCCGCAAGUUCCUGGAGCUGCGGCGCAGCGGCGAGCCCCUGUUCGUCGGCGGCGUGGACUCCAGCACGAGAGCCGAGGCGCGGAGGAACGGCCUGGCCUCGCUGAGGGGCGGCAGCAGCCGAGGAACGGGCGGGUCACUGCGCGGCUGCUUACGCGACCUGAGGGUGGACGGGGAGCAGCGGAACCUGCAGGACGUGCUGGUGUCCAAGGACAUCGCCGUGGGCUGUCGGGAUGACGUGGCGACAGUCGCCCCGACCGCCAAACUCAAGGCGCCCAUCACGCCGACAGCCAAACCGCGGAGAGUUAAGGGCACCACGAAGCCGACUGCACCGCCGACAAAGGCGCCAACGACCACUGUUGCCACCACGGCUGCCGCUACCUCCACCACCAUUAAGCCCACGGAGCCUCCUCUUCUGCUCCUGCACGAGCUGGAGUUGCCGGAAGGGGGGAAAGCAAACUUGAAUUACAAAAAUAUCAGAACGAACGUGAACCUCCAGGCACUGGGAAAUCGACCAUCGCAGUUGUUCUUCAGAGUUUUGAGCGGGCCUUGGCACGGCAAAAUUAAGGUCGGCGGUGCCGUGCCGGAGUCAGAUGCACCGAGCGCAGGGCACGUGGUGUUCAACCUCCUCGACGUGUCUCAGGAGCGGGUGGUGUACGUGCACGACGGCUCCGAGGCCCCGGGUGACACGUUCACCUUCGAGCUCUACGUGACCGGCAAGAGGAAUAAAAUGCCCGAUGUCCUCCUCAAUGGACUGAAGGAGCGGUACGUCUUUAACAUAACCGUGUUGCCGGUAAACGAUCCUCCGGAGUUGGUGCUUCCAACCGGGAACCUGUUCACGCUUGUGGAACAGAGUAGGAAAAAGCUCACCCCGGACGUACUGCAAGCCAUCGACGCGGACACAGACGCCGCCGAGCUGAAGAUCUCCGUCCUGGGCAACUUGAACGCGGGAGCCGGUCACCUGGAGAGCACACGGGAACCGGGCAAGGUCAUCACGUACUUUUCAUACGCGGACAUGCGGGCGGGGGACGUGUACUUUGUGCACCACGGCUUGAUCAGGAACUCGCGGAUCGCUUUGCGCGUGAGCGACGGGGAAAAGGUGAGCAACACCGUGGUGCUCCGGCUCCUCGCUAUCCCCGGUGAGUUUGGCGUGGAGAACAACACCGGGAUAUCCGUGUCGGCGCUGGAAGGAUCAGCGCUGAUUCUCACCGCAAACCUCUCGGUGCGCACCAACGCAGCGGACCAGGACGUGGAGAUACAGUACAGCGUCACGGAGCUGCCCAAGCACGGGGAAAUCCAGCGGCUGUACGAAUCCAACGGGAGGUGGAGGAGGGCCGAGUCGUUCACGCAGCGCGCGAUGGAGAGGAAGCACGUGAGCUACGCCCUCAGCGAUGGCGCCAACAUCGCCGCCGGCGUCACCGAUCGCUUCCGAUUCAAGGUGUCCGUUUUCGGAAAGGUUUUGGAGGAGCCGCAGGAAUUCGUGAUCCGUGUCAGUCCGGCGAAGCUCAAGGUCGUGAACAACAGGUCCUUGGAGCUUGACAAGGUCGAGCGAGCGCACUUGACGCAGAAGAACCUGCAGACGCGAGUGGAGGGGGCCAAAGUGAGCGACGCAGACAUUAAGUACAACAUCAUUACCCUGCCCGCUAAAGGUCAUUUGUACCUGGGAGACGUGAAGUUGACGGCCAACGCGUCGUUUACGCAGCGCGACGUGAGGAAUGGAAGCGUUUCCUACUUGCUGAAGGAAAGAGCCAAAUUCGACAUGGAAGACACCGUAUGGUUUCACGUUGUGGCCCAGCGUCUCAAGUCCAAAUUGCACAGUUUUUGUUUCACGAUAAAAGCCGAUUCCGAGGCAAUUGAGGUUACUAACAAUGGGCUUAGCAUCGUAGAAGGCGAGGGAAAACUGAUUACGAAGAACGAUCUGUUUUUGGAAACCCUAAACACACAAAACUUUCGCUACGAGAUUAAACAAAGCCCAAGGCAUGGAAAACUCAAGAAAAUCAACCUCUCCGACUCUGCAGAUAGCAACGACAACGUAACAACCUUCACAAACGAGGACAUAGUGAACAAACGGCUCAUGUACAUUCAUGACGAUUCCGAGACCGCCGAAGACCGGUUCACUUUCUCCGCCACUCCCACGGACCUGAAUUUCUCAUCAGCGUUCAACGACGCCUUCAACGUCACGGUGCAGCUUCGGAACGACGAGAAGCCCGCCCGCACGGUGGACCGCGUGCUCCGGGUGGUACGGAACGGCCACAAGCUGCUCACCCUCUCCGACCUGGCUUACCACGACGCCGACGUCGACUCGGACGACGCCGCGCUCGUGUACACGAGGCGCGGCAUCCCCAACGGCGAGCUGGUGGCGGCGGACGACCCCGGCAAGAAGCUCUACCAGUUCCGCCAGGGAGAUCUAGCGGAGCGCCGGGUGCUCUUCGCGCACCGGGGCAUGGACCAGGGUCGCUUUGUCCUGUGGGUGUCGGACGGGAAGCACCAGGUGACCGCGCUGUUGGAGGUCGCGGCGAGCGAGCCAUACGUCCGGGUCAACAACGGCACGGGCCUGCUCGUGCGCAGGGGACACUCGCGGGCCAUCGCCGCGGCGAACCUGAGCGUCGACACCAACGUGGACGUGCGUGACGACGGCGACGUCGUGUUUCGGGUGACCGAGUCGCCGAGGCACGGGCGGCUGCUGCUGGACGGCCACCCGGCCGAGUCGUUCACGCGGCACGACCUGCGGACGGGUCGAGCUACGUACCGGCACGACGGCAGCCGCGGCGGGCUGCACGAUCGCUUUCGAUUCGUCGUGGAGCUGCGAGGGCACGGCGAGGGAGCGGAGAUGCGGGUGGAGGGCUCCCUGUCCGUUCGCAUAUUCCUGGAGAGCCACGAGAAGCCACCUGCCGUCGUGCGCAACGCGAGCCUCGUCGUGGGAGAGGAGGAGCCCGUGUCCAUCGGCAGCGCCAGCCUUCAGGUCAUGCACGAAGUGAGCCCGCCGGCCGAGUUGGUGUUCACGGUGAGGGAGCCGCCCCGGCACGGCUUCCUGCGUUGUCUGGUGGCGCACGGGGAGGAGGAGCAGUACGAGGGCUCGCUAGCGCAGCAACUGGAGGCUUUCACGCAGCUGGACGUCAACUUGAACCGCGUGCAGUACGUCCACACCUCGCCUGGACAGCUUAACGACAGCUUCUCCCUGGACGUGGGCAACGGCGUGUCGGCGCCACUGCCGGCACUGCUGGUGGCCGUCGACGUCCUGCCGCGUCUCAUCCCCCUGCGGCUGCCGGGCGGCGGCGUGCUGGCGGUGCGCGAGGGCGGCUCCGCGGCCUUGCUCGUCACCGCCGACAGCCCCCACUUUGCGAGGCGUCAACUCGAGUUCCGGGUGUCCGAGCCGCCCAAGCACGGGCGCGUGGAGGGCGUCGACCAACCUGGAGUGGCCCUCGCCGCCUUCACCAGUCGGCAGGUGGAGCGAGAGCUGGUGUACUACGUGCACGACGGCAGCGAGACCCGCGAUGACAACUUCACGCUGGUGGCCGUCGAUGACGAACUGCACAAGCGCAGCAAGCCGACGGUCGUGCCGGUCGCCAUUUCCGCCGUCAACGACGAGCCUCCCGUCGUCACCGCCAACCAGGUCCUGAAGGUGUGGGUAGGCUCCGUGACGGAGAUCACGUCAGCCGACCUGAGGGCGGAGGACAAAGACACCACCCCGGAAGAGUUGGCGUACUCCAUCUCCCCUCCCAGCAACGGCCUGGUUGCCCUGCGAGAGCGGCCGAACCAGCCGGUGCUCAACUUCACGCAGGCGGACGUCGACUCGGGCUCGCUCGUCUUCGCGCACCGCGGAGCGACCUCUGGAGGAUUCAACUUCCAGGUCACGGAUGGAGUGAACUUUGCUGCUCGUCAGAUCUUCAGCAUCACAGCCAAGCCGCUCGUCCUCAGUGUGGAGGUCAACAACGGACUCAGCGUCUACCCUGGGUCCCUGCACGCUAUCACUGAGCAGGACCUCAAGGUGGUCACCAACGACGACAAGUUCCCCAGCAACCGCUCCGUCGUCUACUCCGUGAUCGACAAGCCCGGGUUGGGCCGCAUCGUGCGGACUGGAGCCAACAACAACGCCACGGCCGCCGUAGACAGCUUCACCCAAGCGGAGGUGGCGGAGGGACUGAUUGCGUACGAACAUCGGGGAGGCGACAUGGGGCAGUGGAGCACCACAGACUCCUUCGUCUUCCAGGCUUCGUCAACGCCCUCCAAGCUGCCCGCACAGACCUUCCACAUCAGCGUGUCCUUUGACAACGCGGCCGGGAGGAGCGGCGUGCUGCUCGCCAACACAGGAGCGACGGUGGUGGAGGGCCAAGAAGUGGCGAUAAACAAGUCGAACCUGGACGCCUCGAACCUGCUGGCCAAGCUCGCGAAGGAACAGCGCGGCUCGCACGAGGUGUACCUGCAGGUCACCGUCCUGCCCCGACACGGCUUCCUCUGGCUCGGCAGCUUCAACGUGACCAAGGAGAAGCCGUACGUCUCCCAGGCGAACCUCGACCGCCACGGCUUGCGCUAUCGGCACGACGGCUCGGAGGACGCCCGCGACAACUUCACCUUCGUCGCGUUUCCCAACCCCAAAAACAAACGCGCCGGCCGACCGGAUGGCAGCAGUGACGUCGGCGACUCGCUCGUCGUCGAGGAGGUCUUCCUCAUCGACGUGCUGCCGGUCAACGACCAGGCGCCGGAGCUCAAGACCAAGACGCCGGGCUUGAGCGUCGUGCAGGGCUUCACCGCCACGAUAUCCGAACGCAACCUGAAAGUCGUCGACCUGGAUAAUCCGGCGCCCGAAUUAAAGUUUACAAUCAUCAGCAGACCGAACAACGGGCGCGUCGCGUUCAACGACAGCCCGAGCGUCGCCGUGAGCGAGUUCACGCAGGCGGACGUGGACGCGGGCCGCGUGGUGUUCGUGCAGGACGGGAGUCCCGCGUCCGGCGUCUUUUACUUCCGCGUGACGGACGGCGUCCACCGCCCGCUCUUCACCCUCUUUAACCUGGCGGUGGAGCCGCUGUCCAUCCGGCUGGUGAACCACAGCGUGGUGGAGCUCGUGCAGGGCCAAGCGACGAUCGUGGUGACGCGCGGCCACCUCGCGGGCGAGACCAACGGGCAGAGCGCCGAGAUUACGUACCUGGUCACGCGCGGGCCGCAAGCCGGCCUCUUGCUGCUCAACGGCAGCAGGGUGGACACCUUCCCGCAAACCGAAAUCGACGCGGGCUCGCUGGCCUACCGCAUGACCAACAUGUCGGCAUCCGAGGACGACUUCGAGUUCAGUGCCCUCACCACCGAGAGCAACGUCACGGGCUUGGUUGCCAAGAUUGCGGUGAUGCCCCUGGUUAAGAUUCCCGCGGACCUGGCACUACCCGCUGGAGCGGCCACCCCCGUGAGUCUGGACAUGCUGGACGCGCGAGAGCUGGCGAACCUGACGGGUCACAUGCCGCACUACGAGGUGCUACGGCCGCCGCGGCACGGCCGGCUCGCGCGCCGCUCGCUCCGCGGAAAGCGGGACGCACGGGGGGUGACGCGUUUCACCCAGAGCGACGUCGAGAUGGGGCUCGUCCUCCUGGAAGUCGACGACGUAAACCUAACGGAUGCGCGUCAAGCAAACGAUUCCUUUAGGUUUGUGCUGGGAGCAGAGGGGGUCCAGCCAGCGGCGGGUGAGUUUGCGUACAGCAUAGUGCCUCUAGAUCCUUCCGCGUUGCCCAAUAUAACGUCGCACCUCGAAGCACUUUCAGAACACGAUUCGUCGGUGACCCCCCCUGUCACGGGAGGCGCUACUGCCGUGGACUCGAACGUGGCCACGGAGGAGGCGGCGUCGCCAUUCAAUGCGACCGUGUCCCCGUACAGCGAGGCUCCGGCCAGAAGGCCUGCACCCCGAUGGAGGAACAAAAUUUCGGAUCGCUGGGGCAAUCGCAACAAAAACAGCAGUGCCGACCCCGACGACGCCUUAGAUCCCAGCCCGUCGUCGUCGUUGCCCGAUCUGGACUGGGCGGCGGCGGAGUCGGUGGACGAGGGCAGCGGCGGAAACCUGAACGUCAUCGUCCCCGUCGUCGUCGCCGCCGUCGCGCUCGCGAUCAUCGCGGCUCUGGCCUUGCUGGCGAUCGCCAGGAGGAGGAGCCGCGACGUCGCGAAGGGCUUCCGGGCUCUCAAGCCCAACAACCUGGGCCCGAGCCGCCUGCUCACAGUGGGCCACACGGAGAGGAGCCCCACGGUGCCCACCGUCACCGUGACGGCGCUCGGCGGCGGAGGAUCGCCGUCCGCGGAGGCCGACAUCGUGGCGGCCAUGGUGGCGGAUGCCCGGGCAAACCCGUCACCACCCCCAAGUCCCACCGCCCUCCCGUACACCUGGUGCCACUUCAACGCCGACAUGCUGCAGUACUGCCGAGCCACAAGUCCCUCGCUGCGCAAGAACCAGUACUGGGUGUGACGCGGGAAGGCGGAGCGUUCCGUUUCGGGGGGGCGGAAUGCGGGGUCGCCACGUUCACCCCCGUAUGCCCCCCUCUCUGGUGCGGCUCGGCCGAGGUGGUCCCGUGGAGGUCGCUCACCCCCACCCCACCCCCCCGAUCGCCCGCCGUGUUUUCACGCGGGUCGUUGAGAAUGGGCGAUUGCGUCUGCUCCUAAAAAAGGUGUCAGUUUUGUUGCCAGAUAGAAGGGUAAAAAACUAAUUAUCAUAUUUUUUACUGGCAAAUGAGGUUCCAAUGGUGCGUCUGCUCCGUUUGUUUUUUCUAGUGUAAAUUGACCUGAACACAUGCCGGUGGGCCUUCUGCCUAAAGGACUGCUGCUGCUGCCGCGUGUUGCGGUUAGCUGGAGCCAACCAGGCCAGCGGCAUUACGACGGCCGCAUAUUAGAACGAAGCCUGUGUUUGUGCUUUUUUUUUGGUGUGUCUACGUUCAUAUCUCGUUGGUACCAUUUCUCUUUUGUUUUUACAUAUAUAUAUAAACGUUGUGCAAAGAGCGUUUUGCCAAAAAUACGGCCGUCAAAAAGGGCAGGAAAGAAAGAAAAGCGUUAUAAUUUGACCGGUGUUAUCAGUGGCUGAAUACAGAGAGUUUGUACUUUUUUUAUGAAUGGUGCCACGUUUUGAUUUUGUGACAAACGUAAUUACCGAUAUGAAGCAACAUGUGUUCAACGAAACAAAGCUCCUUACGGAUCAAUGUUAUCCCAGUAAAAUUAGUGUUGUUCGGGCCGACCUUCACAAGGAUUCGCUUUACUGAGUAUCAUCAGCAGGGUGUUGCCUGUUAAAUGCUACCGGAUAGUAUAAGAAUAUACAGCAAAUACCGAGUAGCGUUUGUGAGCAUUUUACAAUACAUUUGGAAUCGUUUUUAGCAUCACUGCGCAUCAAUAUUGUCCCAACAUUGGAUUGCUUAUCAUCGUUAUUGUUGACCUAGUGUUGUAGAAGAGAAGCGGAAACAUAAACUUGGAAUUCUUGUUGUUAUUUUGGUCUGCCAGUCAACGUGGUCUUGGGCUAACCGACCGCAUCCCAUGUGAAAGCGUAAUUUUUUAUUACUAUUUUUGUAUGUGGAUUUUAAUCGUCAAGGUUAAGAGGUCACGACGAGCGGGGGUGACCGGAUUGCUUAGAGGUCAGAGCACUGAGCUGGCAACCACUGAGGCCGUGGGUUCAACUCCAGGCCUAUGAUUAAAUCAGCUUCUCAAGUGUAGAGAGUUGAUGGUUCAUGAGCAUUACUCUCAGUUGAAGACAGGUGGGAAAAUGCUGCUUCCUACCGUAUGGACGAUAGGUCACUUGAAGACAUAUCAGAGGUAGCUCUGUGGUAGCCACUUCCAUGGGGCCGUUGUUGCACUGCUCUGCAAGAGAUACAAAUUGAUGCCUUAAUUAAAAAAAGAGUUUAUCAUGGCCAAUGCUGUUGAUACCACCACGACUUGCCAUUGCUUCUCUCCACAAGAUCCCACUUCCCUUGCAGUGGUUAUACACAAAGUAUGCCACGAUCUGGCUUGAGACCGUAUGCUUUGUCUCCAGCCUUUGGGUGCUCACUCUCAUACCUGUCUCAGUAAUCUGCCCUCCAAAGAUGUUUCUUUAAUAAUUGAAUGCACAAUACAAUUUUAUGGUACUAUACAAUUUUAAUGUUUAAUGCAGCAAUAUAAUGCCAAUAAACAUUUAGUGGGCAAGUAGAAUUAGGUGGGAUAUCAGAAAGGUACUUUGACAAGCAUAUCCACAUAGUGUAGAAAAUAAGUGUUAAAUAUUUAAUCUGGAUUUGUAUGUUUUCUACCAACAUUUUGAGAAUUUUUUUUGAAACUCCACAGACGAAAACAUGAAUAGGCGUAUACAUUUCUGUCUUUGUUUAUGCCAAUACAUAUUUCAAAUUAUACUCUACGUUCCAAAAAAAAACCUCUGAAAAGGUAGUGAGUGAGUCAAUGUUUAUCCAUUAGGCGCUCACUGUAUAUAUACACGAAUAUAAUUCUCAGGUGAUGUAUACAAUCCAGCAGUGGCUAACGUGUGGCCGCGUGUGCUCUGGUAAACUAUUGAAUCGAACUACAGCUGAGCUAUCCCGAUUAUGUCAAUGAUCGACUACUCCAACGAUUAUCGUGCGACUACUCGACGAAUCGGAUUACGUGAAAAUAUUUGGUUGGAAAAACACUGUGGAAAGUAGGGUAAGUGACGGACUCAUCAUCAGCUGGGGGUUUCCUGCCUUCAUUAGGCUGGGUGUUUGGCGGGCGGUCAACUUUUUUAAGGGGCCCGAGUGUAGUCGCCUGCAAAAAAGGGGCCGAUGACAAAUUGUUUUGUCGUUGAUGAACCAACUUUUGUGGCCUCAUCGUCCCUAGCCACAAAUCAAACCCAGCCAAAAGCCCCCUUGAUUCUGACCCGCAGAUACACCUGUGGUUGGCCAGGCAAUACCACGUUCCCACGGAAUUGAAGCGGGACGCAAUUUUUUUCUCUUAGCGGAAAUGUUUAGUUCGGUGCAGAAUUAUUUCAAGGGUUAUAAAAACCAGGCUCUCUUCAACCGCUUACGUUCCACUCGGAAUGCCUUGAGAGUUUCCUUUGUUACACCAGUGUUUUUAUUAUUAUGUAAGAUGUCUUUCAAUAAUACCACUAGUUGUUCCCUACGAAGGGAGAGAGCACGGCUAUGCACGGAUCUGUAUUGCAUAUGCAGUGGUAGGAUGCUCAAUGCACGAAUUGGCGGUGUCGUCUGUCGUUACAUGCUGCGUUGUGCUUGUAACGUUCGGGCUUUAGUUAACCCCGGGGUGUCUCUGCCACGACUUGUAUAGGCUUCAAAAUGUGGUUUCAACAGCCAUUGUCGACACGCUUGGUUUGUUUUCUUUUUUUUUCUCACGCACGGCUGCCAGAUACUCAAAUUCAGGUCGAGUCGGCCCAAGGAAACGGCCCCACGCCAGCUGCCAAUUGCCGCUCGUUCGCUAGGGGCCGGUGUGAGGUCGUAGUUCAGCGAUUAGAACUGCCGCUUCACACUCGCCGGUUCACUCACCCCAGUCUGUUGGCAUUGGUGGUAGCGGGAAGCUAUGGGGUAAUACGUUUGCAGCCAGUUUCCAGUGGUGCUCAAUUGAAGUGACUCUUUCGUCGUCGAAAUCAGUGUUCCUUUAUAACUGUCCGCCAAGAAGGGAGGUUACCUACCGGCUGCUGUUAACGACAGAGAAGGGUUCACGGGCUGCACAAAGUCCCAUUCAUUGGCAACCGUCACAGCCAAGUUUCCAAAUGUGUGCGUUACCCCAUUGACGCGUGUGCCACGUUAUUGUACGCGAAAAAUAAGAGCAUGCUCAUUUGACACCGACACUGUAUACAGAACGAGGCAGUUCCAUUUGGGAACCAGAGUUCAAUCGCUAAGUUUUUUUCACUCGGUUACAAUGAUCGUACCGACGUGUAUUCACGGCAUACGCGCGGCCCGCUGUAUAGUGUCCACACGUGGCUAGAUGGGAGGCCCUUCACACGGCUUGAGACUGUGGAGAUUGUUUGAUCGUACGUCGCGCGGGCACAUCAGCUCGGGUUGAUGAGAGGCGGUGUCCGGCCAGGAAUUCGAACUCGGGGGUCAUGCGCUUCAGGAUUCAGUGCGCCAAUCACUGCACCACCGCCCAGUCUCGAUGAAGGCAUUUGUGUGAUUCCGAUAACCGGUGCCGUAUUAUGCAAUCGUUAUGCAAUGCAGAGAUUGUCUUUUAAACAUUUUAGGGAAACUAAAUAUUUAUAAAAAGUCGUAUCCACAUAUUGUUCGGGUUAUUUUUUUUACAAUCAUAUAAUAUCCGGCCAGGGGGUUCUGUGACAAGGUGGUCUACUCACAAUAGAAAGGUCAAGAGUUGAAGUCCCACUCGGUGGUCAUCGACUCCACCCUUCAGUCUUUCAAGGUGUGUAAAAUAAACACCACUUUGUGGCUAUUUAGCAUUGGUUGUUCUAUGUAGAGACUUUUCUUCACCAAAGGAAUGUGGAAUUUCCACCCUCGGUUUCAGGGCUGCUAUAGGAGAUGACCCCCCCCCCCCCCAUAUACACACAUUGUUGAAUAAAGACACUUGGUUUGAAGAAACAUGUAUUGUGGAUGAGUGCGUUGGAGCGUGAUGAGCCGAGGUAAUCCUUGGACUUGUAAUUGUGAGGCACGAUCCCACAUUGCCAUCUGCGCGGGUGUUGUGGAUUCUGACAUGGAACAAAAAAUUACUUAACAAUCACAUCUGCUAAAGUGUUUUAAUAUCAAUUGUCACCACUGUCUUGAAAUUAUCAAAGCAAAUUAUUAACUUUUUUGUCUAUUUUCUUAUACAAUGUGCAAGCACAGUAUGCGCUAUGGAAAGUCCAUAAUGCUGAUAAAAUUGCCUGUUGCAUACAGCGGUGUCAAAUAAUGUCACCUGUGGAGGUGGUCCAGUGGUCGUGAGUGGAUAUGCUCGGACAGAAAUCUGCGCCCGAAGUUACAGUGAUCGUUGGCAUUUAAGGCUGCUGAGGUUUAUCGGAGCUUGUGUCUUGGAUACAAGGACGACGACUUCGCGUGUGAGAGUGGGCCAAGCGAUUCAAGGGCAGCAAGACAGACACUGCUGAUAGUUCUCUGAGAAGCAGACCCAUUAGGCGAGUGAUCCCAACGGAAGCUUGGAGAGCGGAGAACCGCGUGACCGAGCUGGAGUCAGGGACAUCACGGAGGCAUUGCAGAUUGGCCAUGAAGCUGCACAAUAAAUGUCUGAAGUGGAGUAAUCGUUCGGUGCGCAUGGUGUGUGUGAUGGGUACCAACAUUAUUAACACGUGUCCAAAAUCUGACCGAUCUGCGGAUGUUACUGCAGUAAACGUGUGUUGUACCGCAGAUGCUGUGUUAAGGUUGGUGUCCCGAUAGCAGAAGUUCAUCGAUCCUCGAUCAUGCUGUGGGUUACCUGUAGAAGUGGCAGUGCCGUGAUGCUCUGUUGGGUCAGUGUCUUCUGUAAGUAAUGAGGAUCUGAUUUGUUCACUGUGUUCCUCAUGUUAAGGCAUAACUAUACCAUCACGUUCUGAAUAUAAAGUAAAAUGAUUAUAUCAAAAUAUUUAUCGUUUAAAAAAACAUGUACGUGUCCUUAAUAUAAUCUCACUUUUACUACUGAAUACAAAGCUAUACAUUUAAUGAUGCAUUGAUUGAUUGAAAUCUAUUUCUUAUGCUCACAGUAGAUGCAUCUAAUUGUGCACGCAAUAAUCGAAUACCUCUGUACAGGUGUAUGCAAGUUAGAUGCCGUGUUACACUCGGGAUUAUGGAGUGAAUAGGAAAAAAAACUGAACAAACGAGGCAAUACAAACAAAACGGUACGAGACAAUGCAAAGUGGUACAAAUGUCGAGGCAUUAAUGGGCAUUCUCCAUCCUGUUAGCGGGUAGCUGCCCGUUCUCGUCAACAGGAGGCGGCAGCGCUGCCACGCCAGAGUUAGUGACCGUGGCCCAAAGGGGUCAACUACAAUCCCUGGGAAGCCGAUCCUGGGACACAAUCCCCGGACCCCGGGAGGGGGGACCGGGGGAUGAUGUCACCUUCCAGAAAGUUCUGGAAGGGAGGCGUGGCUAGGGCGGAGCAAGCCACGAACCGGUAUAUAAGCCGGACCUCUCAAGGGUCCGGCUCAGUCAUACCAGCGCGAAGACCGGAGAAGGGGCUAGAAUAGGACCUGGACCACAAACUCCGCUGCCCUUUCUCAGGGCCGGAGCUGAGUGUGGCCAGUGGUGAAACCCUGGGGCUCCCCUCUCCCGAUGUCCUUCUCAGGGCCGGGUCUGAGCGGACCAGAGGUCAGGACCCGUACACAUUGGCACGGUCGGGUCGGGAUAGCCUCCCCUAGAGCCCCCUAGAGCCCCCUAGCCGGAGGGAUACAAAGACGUGCAGGGUGGUCCCCGUGUUAGGCAGUCGUGUAGCCCGGAGGCCAUUCACCUCCUUAGCUAUCGGGUGGAAGGGGCCGUUACCCCUUCGUGUUAGGGACCUGUACCCAGAUUGCGAAUAAAUAUCGUGUUGCCUCGCAAGAAGUUCUCCAAUUAUUUACCCACUACAAAAAUUGUACGAAAAGGAAGUUUAUCGAAUUAUUUCCCUGAAUCGUAACAACUUGUCCACACCGCGGCCGAAUCGCUGCGUGAUUCGGCCGCGGGCAUGUUCGUUUAACACGUGGUAGGCUUUCACGACCAAUAUUAUCCAUAAGAGAGGUGUUUGGGUUAGAUCGCGUAAAUAUUUAAAUGUGCUGUUAAACCCGCCACCACCCGACACAGCCAAUUAGUAAGGUUUGUCACGUAAAUACAAACGUGGUAAUUCACUACUAGUUCAGCACUACACCGGUGUGUUGGAGAGUAACCCCACAACAUUUACAAUUGAAGUACUGUGACGUUUCGCCGAUAAUUACCACCAGCAUCAUCAGGCGGCAGCCAGAGUUGUGGAUAAAUCCUCGCUCUACUGAGGAGGCACGUGUUAAAGAUAUCCAGCUUCUCACGAUUACGUAAAAAAGGAACGCGUCAUAAUCAUUGUAAAACACUGCAUCUUAAAACAAUAUGCAGAAACACAACUAAAUCGUUACCGUCAGUUAAGAUUUUAGUUAUCCCCAACGGUACCGCCGUAAGUUCACGUGCUUCACUGCAUAUAAACGGUUACGUGUUUUAUCAGCUGUGAAACAGGUGACUUCAUUCUGGUGGUCACCUGGUAAAAAAAUGUUGCAAGUGUGCCUUUUUAACGCUUUGCAAGUGAUGGGUCUGCAGGUGUUGUGAACUGUGUGUUGGUGCUGUGACGUUUGUGUUUGUGCUGUGACCAAACAUCAAGAAGGGACAGGCAAGCAUCUGCAGCUGUUAUUCUCCCUGCCUUUCGAGCCCCAUCCCAAGAAUGCAUGCACAGUCGAAUAUUUUCAGUCAAAACUUAAAGGACAUUUACUCAUCCCUGAGUUGGAGUGGUGGCCAUUCGGGGUUUUCUGUAUUGUCAAGAGUCGUGAUGCAUCCUGGGAUGCUCUGCAUGAAGAGCACCUAUAUACAAGCGAAACUGUGUUCCGUUUUUUUAAUAAAUACCACAUUACCUUGAAUUAAACGACAAAACCUACCACUCGUGUCACAAAAAUAUUGCCUGUGAGUCCCCUCUCAUCCUGGGUGGAUGAUAGAAAGUGAGAAGAUGUUUCUCGAGAGGCUUUCCUUUGAAAAUUGAUGGGGCUCUGGUUUAGCGAGCUUUAGAUUUUUUUUUAAAGCCACGUUCACGACUGCAUCUGCCGCCUCUGGUACGCAGCUGUUACAUUAUUGGAAAUGUUUCACAGAAUCUCUAGAGUUUCUCCCAUGGGAUUCCACUCCCAAGCGGUCACUUCCCCAGGCAGACAGCGUAUUGAUUUUGAACGUCACAUUCAAAGCUAGUGACCAGAAUAUUCGGGUGUACUGUUAGCGGAAAAGAAAAACAACUCAGAAGACAUUUUCUGUUGUAAAUAUAACAAAAA